UAAAUUAACAUAAACAUCUGAGGGGAAGAGAGAAAGACCAAACUCGAAAACAAAAAAACCCCAUGGAAGAGAGAGAGAAGAAGAAGAAGAAGAACACCAUGAACAAGAAGCAGAAACACAACCAUUACCAGACAAAGCCCACUUCGGACAUCUCCUUCAAACCUUACUCCGACGUGAAGGGCCUCAGAUUCGGCGGUCAAAUCAUCGUCAACUCCUUCACAAUCCGACGGGCUCCAUCCCUCGAGCUCCUGAAACUCCUCUCUCUCCAUCCUCCUCCGACAAACAAAACCCUUCAAAUCUCGCCGGAGCUCCUGUCCGUGACGGCGUAUAUUCCGACAAACUUCACGAUCCUGGCCCACCACGCGUGGCACACGCUGACCCUCGGCCUCGGAACUCGGAAGUCGAAGGUUGUCGUGUUCGUGUUCGAGUCGGAGACGAUGAAGAAGGCGGUGGAAUUGACCUGGCAGCCGGAGAUUCCACUCGGAAACGUGAACAAGAAGAUGAUAAGAGGGCUUAAGGGCUGCGAGAUGGCGAGGUUCAAGUUCCGGAAAGGGUGUGUCACGUUCUACGUGUACGGUGUACGGAACGCCGGAAACAAUGGCUUCGCCGCCGCGGAGGACUUAAAGGUAAUUUUGCAGUCGGUGGUUGCUCUCAACGACUUUUUGGAUCACACUGCUAUGUUGGCCUUGCCCCACCAACGAUGCCUUCAAUACAACUCUUGCCCUCGCUCACUAAUUGCAUAAUUAAUCCUUUUUUUCCCCAUUUAAAAAAAAAAUCUGAAAACAAACUACCUAGUUAUUCAUCAUUUUUUUAAACAUUGUAUGAAUUCGUGAUAUUGGGGGUUGUUUUUUGUUUAA